AUGCUUGGUAACACCCCAAAUAUUCAUAUUUUAACUGUUUGUGCUAUUCAAUUAUCCGCUAUUGGUUUUGCUGUUUUCAUAUCACAAACAGCAUCGACUGUAUUGACAACUGUAGCAUCGGAACAUAUGGCUGUAUCGUUUCGAGUUAUUCUUUCUCGACAGUUAUUAAAAAUGGCUGAUAAAGAGCCAUUUAGUGAAUCGAAAAUUAACACUUUGGUAGAUGAAAAUAUUUCACUAACAUCUGAAGCAAAAUCGCUCUAUCAUCCAUAUUUAUCAGAAUUAAUAACACGGAUGACCUCAGUGAUAACAAAUAUUAUUCUCGGUUUCAUUUAUAGUUGGGAAAUAGCCUUGCUCGGAUUUAUUUUCAUUGUUUUAUGCUUUUCGGUGCAAAUCGAAAUAGAAUUCGAAGUAUUGAGUUCUUGUUACAAAAGUCGACGUAUUCAGAAAAGCACAAAACUACUGAAAUUAUGCAAACAUUCUGCGCUUCGAGCAGUAAAUUUUUCAAUUGUGGAAACAUUUGGAUUUGCACUGAAAGCUAUUUGCUAUGCAGUGACAGCAUUUAUUUGCUAUUACAAAUAUAAACAUCAAGCACAAGCAUUUAUGAGUGUAAUUACAUUAUUUGCUGCAAGUCAAGAAGUUGUACAGUUAUCGAAUCUUAUCGGAAAACUUCGUAAAUCAUGGAAAGCAGUGGAUCGAAUAUUUGCUUACAUGCAUGGCAAAUCAUCCAGAAAUUGUAUGCCCUCCAUUUCAAGAACUAUUAGAUUGUCAGGUACUCAAAAUGCAUUUCUAAAUCGAUGUUGCAAAAUUAUUGAAAACAUACUUUCAUUUGCUUUACUAGAGCUAGAUGAGGCUAAGAGCAAAAACAUAAUGCUAAGGGAGAAUAAACCGUGA